UUGAUUUAAAACGUAAUUACAAAUUCAAAGUUGAGAUCCUUGACCUAGUUAAAAGCCCUUCAACUGUAAUUUCGGGAAAUUUUGUGGAAAAUUUUCUUCUCGAACUUUCUCCGUUCUGCUUAUUGUCGGUUUACCCAUGGUGCACUGCGUCGCUUUCUUUCUUCUUGGUUGUGUGGUGGUCCAAAAUGUCUCUAUUAGAUGGUCCGUUAAAUGUUCUCGGCCAGAGAACAACUGGUGAAUCUGUUCGUACUCAAAAUGUUAUGGCCGCAUCAUCCAUCGCCAACAUCGUCAAGAGUUCCCUGGGACCCGUUGGCCUCGACAAGAUGUUGGUGGACGACAUUGGGGACGUGACCAUCACCAACGAUGGAGCAACCAUCCUGAAGCUGCUGGAGGUGGAGCACCCAGCGGCCAAGGUCUUGUGUGAACUAGCUGACCUGCAGGAUAAGGAGGUCGGAGAUGGGACCACUUCUGUGGUAAUUCUUGCCGCAGAAUUGCUAAAGAGUGCAGAUGAGCUGGUAAAGCAGAAGAUUCACCCCACGUCAGUCAUCAGUGGAUAUCGUCUGGCAUGCAAGGAAGCAGUUCGCUACAUAAAUGAGAAUCUCACUAUCGCAACAGAUGAACUGGGGAGAGAGUGCCUAAUUAAUGCAGCCAAGACCUCCAUGUCUUCCAAAAUCAUUGGAGUUGACAGUGAUUUCUUUGCUAACAUGGUGGUGGAUGCUGUCAUUGCUGUAAAGUUUGUGGACAGCAAGGGGGUGGCCAAAUACCCCAUCAACUCGGUGAAUGUGCUGAAAGCCCAUGGCCGCAGCCAGAAAGAGAGCUUCUUGGUUAAUGGUUAUGCACUGAACUGCACAGUCGGAUCACACGAAAUGGUAAAGCGUAUCAUCAACGCCAAGAUUGCUUGCCUGGACUUCAGUCUGCAGAAGACAAAGAUGAAAAUGGGAGUCCAAGUAAUCAUCAAUGACCCAGAGAAGCUUGAUCAAAUCAGACAGAGGGAAUCUGAUAUUACCAAGGAGAGGAUCCAAAAGAUUUUGGCAUCAGGUGCCAACGUUAUCCUGACCACCGGUGGCAUUGACGACAUGUGUCUUAAGUACUUUGUGGAUGUUGGAGCCAUGGCAGUGAGAAGGGUUCUGAAGAAGGACCUCAAACGCAUUGCCAAGGCAACCGGAGCCACCAUCUGCCCUUCUCUGACCAAUCUGGAGGGAGAGGAGACGUUUGAGGCAACUAUGCUCGGCCAGGCGGAGGAAGUUAUGCAAGAGCGCGUCUGUGACGAUGAGCUCAUCCUUGUCAAGAAUACCAAAGCACGCACAUCAGCAUCCAUCAUUUUGCGCGGGGCAAACGACUUUAUGUGCGACGAGAUGGAGCGUUCAAUGCACGACGCUCUCUGUGUAGUCAAGAGGGUGCUGGAGUCAAAGUCUAUAGUGCCAGGAGGUGGCGCUGUGGAGGCCGCUCUGUCAAUCUACCUAGAGAAUUACGCUACCAGCAUGGGUUCCAGAGAGCAGCUGGCUAUUGCAGAGUUUGCACGGUCUCUCCUAGUCAUCCCCAAGACGCUGGCUGUGAAUGCAGCGCAGGACUCCACGGAUCUGGUGGCCAAGCUUCGGGCCUUCCACAAUGAGGCCCAGGUUAAUCCUGAACGCAAGAAUCUCAAGUGGAUUGGUCUAGACUUGGUCAAUGGCAAGCCAAGAGACAACCGCCAGGCUGGCGUGUACGAGCCCACCAUGGUUAAGACAAAGAGCCUCAAGUUUGCCACCGAGGCUGCGAUCACCAUCCUUCGUAUCGAUGACCUCAUCAAACUGUUCCCAGAGCCAAAGGAGGGUGGGCAGUCGUACCAAGAUGCAGUGCAGUCAGGAUCUCUGGAGGGUUAAAAAGGCUGAUUGGUCCUGAUAUUUUCAUCUGUAUUUAUGUGUAAGGAGCUCUUCAUGGCUGUUGCUCUAGUGUAGGCCAUGUACUUUGCCUGUUUACUGUUCUCCCACUCCCUCGCUUCCAGAGGAACUGUUAGUGAUUUGUUUUUGGACACUUAAUAAAGCUCCAAUGGUUGUAAAUGGCUGAUUUGUUAAUU